GACUUCUUCAAAGAACUUAGGGAGCUUCGGGGUAACCAGGGGAGGGAAGAAGAAGAAGGCGUUUUCUAAGUGGAGCCGAUUGCGAUGAUAGUGCCGCCAGAGUUACAAGAUUUGCUAGAAAACAUUACACCAAAGAGUAGUGCCAGUAUGAAUGCUGAUGGUAACUCCGAUGUAAACCUUGCUUCAUCCUCCAAAAGCUCAUCUUCGGAGAGCACACCCAGUGAUGGGGAAGGUGUAGGGGAAGGUGUUAGGAGCCCUUUGAUGGCUAAUGUGGAGGAGGAUGUGCUAGUUCUUGAAAAAUGGGAGGAUAAAACCAUUAGCAGCAAGCUGAGUAACAUUCGUACGGCGCCACAAAACUUGUUUGCCUGGUUUAGAUUCAAGGCGGCACUUCAUCACAAAGUAGCAAAUGGCAUGCGACUGUUAAGAUUAAGCAGUACCCAAACGAGGUGGUACUAUAUCUCUAAGAUGAAAAAGAUGAUGCUCUUCACGAAUAUAAGGAAUAAGGUGGUUAGGUGGAAGAGGCAGUUCAUUUUUGUCCGUGACACUCGAACAGAGAGGAUAAAUAAUGAGCUGGCUACUCGUAUCUCGAAGUGGUGCUCAAGUCACGCUUACAUGAAUUAUCUCACGCUGGUGCCAGACGACGUGGGCCUAAAGAACAGGCUACUAGAUUAUGUAAAGGUGGAAGGAUUAGUAGACUUGGAGGCCCUGGUUACCCCUGAGCAGCUCAUGGUAUUUGGGUUUGUGGAUAUCGCAAACCUAUAUGUCGAAGAGAACAGUUCACUGAGGCAUACACGCUUUGAUGAACGACCUAUGUUGCCGCCUCAUAACUCGUCUCACAAGGGUUCGAGCUCGAUAUCGAGUUCACAUACCGAGCAAAGAGUUGAAGCGAUGCCUUCAAGUUCUCGAAGGCGUGCUCAUGAGGACUCAAAUGCCGAGGAUGACAUGCCACUUAUUCGGUGGAGAACGAGCUCCAGCACUCAACUCGUUCAAUCGGCCGCGGUGAGUUUGUCUAACAUGCCUUCUGCCUCUGCCCGUGACGUUGCUGAGGCAUUGCCUGUGUCUACGUCUACCCCAGGCCCACGGAUUGCAUACCCUAAAGGCUUUAGUUAUACAAAAACUGACUGCCAGGCAUUCAACUACGCGGUCACACUAUUUGAGUGUGAGCAGGGAGCUCAUGCACAAACAAGCGAGCUCACUAAAAGCUACAAGCGGUUGACUUCCGAGAAGGUGAACUUGGAAGAUGAGGUCAACUGCUUGCAGAGCUCUGAAAUGGCUAACAAAGCUGCGUUAGUUGAGAGUCGAGCUGACGAGUUGGCCAAUAAAAAUCUUACCAUCGUUGAAGAGGCCUUGAACCAGACUAAGAGGUCCUACCAACACUCUGUAAGUAUUGCCCAAGCUCAAAGGGCGGAGUGGCUGGUCGACUUUGACAUGUUUCAAGAUGCCGUGGCCGUCGUCUCAAUGAAUACCACAAUGAAAAUCUGUAAUGAUGUCCGUGGGAAGGCAUUAAAGCACCGACCUGAGUUCCCAAUUAGCAAGCUGGCCUUCUUUGAAGGAGAAGAAGUUGAUGAGCAAGGCAAGAGUCUUGCCCCUCCUGCUAAUACAACGGUGCGGCUGAGGUGGGAAUUGAAUGAAGAUGGAGUGCCCGUGUGGCCUCCUUCUGUUAUAGAAGAAACAGAGGACUUGGAAGGCUUGCCAAGUUUCGACGUGUGGGUGUCUGGAGCACCUGAGGCAAAAGCUGAACCCUCCAGCACUCCUCCAACAUCUCAGCCUGUCACCACUCCAGCUCGUUCUUCUCUAGCUCAUGCUGAUGCAUCCAUCCCCGUAGAUUUGACGAAUAACUAGGGUUCUAGGCUUUAUCUUUUUCUUUUGUAUUUUUUGUGUUGGUCAAUUGACCUUUUUGAACAAUUUUAUCAUUGUCUCCUUUAUUGCCAUAUAUAAAUUUUUGGAAAGAAAUACAAUUUGGACGAUUCU